AUGACCACACAGCUCCAGUUAUCCGCCAAAAUGUGCCACAAGACACUUCUGUGUUUCCUUUCCCUUACAUUUUUCCAAAUCGCGUAUUCAGCCUUCACUUUCAAAAAUGUAAUGGUGACUUGCGACAGCGAUAGUGCUUUAUCAGACGAAGAAAUCCCUUUCAGUACCGUUGUGACCACAAACCAACUUAAACCCCACCUCCCCAGUGGACAAAAAUGCAACAACAUCGCUAUCCAACACGCAACAAUCCCUUUUCUUGCCAGAGACUCACUUUCUGACAUCAACAAUGCGAAUUUCCUGGUUUUGGAAAACAACGAAAUUGAGGAAAUCCAACCUGGGGCGUUUAGAAAUGUGGUGGUGAAACAAGCUAUGUCUUUGAAAAUGAAUAAAUUAAGGGAAAUCAGGAGAGGAAUUUUUGAAGGAGUGCGAGUACCAGUUUUGUUUUUGAGUUACAAUUCCAUCAACUAUAUUGAUUAUCAAGCGUUUAAUAAUAUGACAAAUCUUGAAAUUAUCCACCUUGACCAUAAUCAACUUACUAAUAUCAACCCAUUUUGGUUCAAAAAUGCGCCAAAGUUGACCAAAGUCAACCUCUCCCAUAACAAAAUCCAGAGAGUUGACGCCAAUGCCUUCGCAAACCACGUCUCAAAAAUCGAUUUGAGUAACAAUCUGAUUCAAUCAGUGGACCCUCACGCUUUCAGGAGGACCAAAAAGUUGCUGUUUUUGGGGUUAGCCCACAACCAAAUCAACAGUUUGGAUCCCAAUUGGUUGAAAGACGUCAAAGUUCAUACUUUGGACCUAACCAACAAUUUACUUUAUUGUUUGGAAAGUGGUUUAGGAGGGUUGCAAUCAACUAAUUUAAUCGAUAAAAAUCCUUGGGAUUGCAAUUGUUUGGAGAGGAUUAAACGGAAGGAAAACACAGUCUUUGGCACAAUUAUAGCCAGCGAAGAUUUCAACAGAUGUAACAUUUUUAGUUUUAGUUAAUUUUAUGUACUGUAUUUAUUUGAUCAUAAUAAACGGUUUUUAUGUAA